AUGUCUUGGAGUAAGAUGGCUUUCGACUCGCCAGAUGGUACGCGUCUCCUGUUGCAGAGACUUGCGGCCAGUCCUCUGGUUCGGAAGACGCUCCCGAAUGCGGCGGCGAUCUGUCAGCAGUACUUCUCCUUUAAAAGGAAUCCUCAGGAAUCCAUUGGAAACUUCUUGGUGAGAGAGACCCUGGUUCACGAAGAGUUCACUGAGGCGAUCAUCAGGCUGCAUGAAGAGAAACUUGGUCUGACUCAAGAGUCGCGAGACUUCGGACUACCUCGUGAUGAAUGGUCCGGAGGCGAUCGAUGGGACGAUGGCAGCUGGUGGGAUGAUCGCUACUACGACCAGGACUAUGAGGAGGCUGGCGAUGACGAUCACCAUCCUGACGGCGAUCCCCCUUACGCUGACGGUGAUGACCCAGGCCUACCUCAGCAAGCUCCUGGAACUGGAAACCCUUCUGCUACUACCGGCUCAUCACCCAGUCAUCGACCUCCGUCUCUGCGUGAUGCUGCUGUUGGCAGUGCGUCUCCACUGGAUCCUGAGCUUCCCAAGGGUGUGGAGGCUAUUGAUGAACUGGCCAUUGCAGACUCCUUUGUGAUGGGAGUACUUCGUGGUUGGAGACUACUGCAAGCAGCAGGCCUCACGGCCGAGGAGAAACGGGACAUUCUCUCCACGACGAAGAAUUCCCUGGACUAUGAGAACAUCUCCUCGGCCUUGCAAAGUCUUUGGGACGACCAGCUCCUCAGCCAUCGCUAUCAACGAGGUGGAGCUGACUUCUAUGCCCAUCAGGUCGAGCAGUUUGACCACGGCGAGCUCUACUACCAGGAAUCGGAUGAUUGGUGGCAGAACUCUGAUGGCGGCUGGUGGCACGAUGGCUUCUACCAAGAGAACGACUCCUACGACUGGUGGGAAGAUGACUCUUGGUAUUACCAAGAGCAAAACAUGGCUACAGAACCGGAAGACCCGGAAACCUCGGAGAAGUUGAAGGAAGCUCAGAAGGCCGAGCGUGUGGCCGAAUCCUUGGCCAUUGAAGCUUCUCGGACAUGGGCUGACGCUCAGCGUGCCACUCAGGCUCUUCGGAAGGACCGGGGAUUCGGACUUCAUUCCUCUCCUGGAGGCGGACCUUCUGGGAAGUGCUUCAUUUGUGGAGGCAAUCACUUUGCACGUGAAUGUCCUGACCGGCAACAUCCGGGCAAGUCAUACUCCAAGGGGAAGGGUAAGUUCAAGGGCUAUAUGACCGAGUAUGAGGACCUCAACUACUCCUCCAAGGGCAAGUUUAAGGGCAAGGGCAAGGGCAUGAACAAUCAUUGGUUGGAGAACUUUGGCACUUGGAAGGGCAACAAGGGCCGUGGCAAGCCCAUGCACAAGUCCAAGGAUGCACCCCGCUCUGUCAAUGCCUAUGCCUCAGACAUGCUCCUGGCUGGCUUGGAGGUUCUUGAAGCUCAAUCCUCUUCGGCAUCUUCUUCUACUGAUCCUGGCACGGGGAUGAUCGACUGCGGGGCAACGGCUUCUGCUGCUCCUGAGGCAGUAGUUAAGAGUCUGAUUGAUACCGUUCUCACCCACGACAAGGGAGCCAUCAUCGAACUUGACCAGAGUGCUCGGCCAUACUUUCGCUUUGGGAACGGGCGUUGGGGUAGAACUGUGUACAUGGACAUGACGUUGCAGGACCACGAGCUAGUGAUGAGCAACAUGCACGGAAGUUGGGUCCACUGCGCAUGCUGCAACGUUCGUCUGGAGUAUGUACCCCGGAUCGGAAGUGCAGCAGCUCACACCAAGGUGGAGUGUCCGGCAAUGGUGAGCCGAAUGCUGGAGGAAUUGGAGCCACUAAUGGGACAGCACCGUCCCACUCAGAGAAUCUGCUUGGCCAUGAUGGAGAAGAUCAAUGCGGAGGAGAAGCUUCGCACUCUGAUCUCCGAGCAGAGGAUGGUGACUACAUCAACAGGCCGUGGAUACACGAAAGGCGCGGCAGCCCCCAGCAGCCCGGGAGACUCCACCAACGAGUCCUGGAUCAACAUGGAGACAGAGGAUCUGGCAACGGCCUACGAACUAGAGGCCAACCAACAACGAAGGGAACGUAAGCUCCUCUGGUAUGUCAAUGUCUUUAUCAAGGAGACCCUUGACGAGGACGACAGCGUGGAGAUCUACUUUGAGUGGCCAUGGCCCUGCUUUGGAUGGAAACAGCAACCCUUGUUGGAUCUUGCCGCCUACAUGGACAAGAAGAUGAUUCCCUGGCUGGACUGCCGUAUCGACGGUUGCAACUAUGGUAUGCGAGAUCCUCAUGGACAAUUCAUCCAAAAGAAGUGGUUGGUCAAGACCACCUCUGAGAAGUUCCACAAGGUCUUCAGAGCGAAGGUUUGCCAAGGCGGUCAUGGGGUACAUGCCAAUAUUCAAGGCCAGCUCACGAGCGCCUCGGCCUACUACCCGUGGCGAUUGGUUCAAGCAAUUGCUCGACAUUGGCGAGACGCAACGGUACCUCACCGCCACAUUCACCUUCUUCAUCAACGUGACGAACCUCUACAUGAACAACAAUCUUCGUGGUCCAUGGUUAUGGAUGAGUUCGAGGUGGUGACUGACAUUCAGGAGCUGGCCGUUUCUGAAGAAAAUGAAAUAACGAUUGCUUCCGCCGAGGUGAUCCAGCUGGAGUACACCGCCCGGACCUACCGGAUGAGCCGACAGAUCACCUCUCAGAUGUGCGAGGAGAUUCUCAUGAGCAUGUACUACGGGGUUAACCUCAAGAAGGAUGACCACAGCAAAUGGAAGACCAGCAGCUUCCACCUUGUUUUCGGCGGCUACUCGCGCGGUGGCUUCUGCGGCUGUACCUUGGCCACGACAAGAUAUCCGGAGACCGUUCAGCUGCUGAAUGCCUACUUACAGCGUCUCCUUCCCCAGCAUACCUGGACCUCGAUCAUGGUGACCUUCAAUGGCAAGUCCGUUCCCCGCAAGGAUCAUCAUAACUUACCUGGCACUCUCAAUGCCACGAUCUGUUUGGGAUCCUUCACUGGAGGAGAAAUGUGGCUGGCUGGGAGUCCUCCGGCUGGAACUGUCCCCACCAGACGUCGAAGAACAGAUGGCACCAUGGUGGAUGGCUACCUGGUGAACACCUAUGGCCAGCCCGUGAUCUUUUCGCCCAGCAUCCUUCAUGCCACUCAGGAGGCUGGACAUCCCGAAUGGAAGGUUCAGGCAGCUCUCAAUUACAAGUGCCCGACCUGUGAGUCUUUGAAACCAGGAGGUGUCUCGUCGGGUCAAGUUCCUCCAGCCAGCACGACACCGUUCUACCAGGCCUGGGAAGCAAUAUCAGCAGAUGCUGGUGAAUGGGUGGUACCGGGGAGUAAGAUGAAGGUGAAGUUCAUUUUGUUUAUGGACCUUGCGACCAAACUCCGUGUGGUCUAUCCUGUCAAGAUCUACGAAGUGUUGGCUAUGCAAGCAGAGUCCGCUGAGGACGUCAUCAUGGGAGCCGUGGGCUCAUGCACAGAGGCCAAUGUGCAGGAUGUCAAGCACACCGCCUCUGCCAUACACAAGGAGGCCUUGGACCAACAUCCCUUCAUCUCCCUCUACCUCGUUGUGUCUGCCUUGAAUUCCACUGAGGUCACCGCUGGAUACUCUGCAUAUCAGUGGGCUUAUGGCCAACAGUUUCAAAUCACAGAUGAGGAUGCUCGGACCUUUGCGGUGAUCCCUAAGGAUCCAUCCUACGACUAUGCUCGCCUUCUUGCAGCUCGCGAGGAAGCAGAGAUUAUUGCCAAAAAGACCAAGGCCCGACGUGUCUUAUCCAAAUUGGCCAACACGACUGUUCGUCAACCUCUACGAGAAUUUGAACCCAUGACUUUGGUCAAAGUGUGGCGCAAGCUGUGGCCAGUUGAUGUUCAUAAGGGCCCACGGGGAGGCCUGAAGAAAUCUGGUCGGCCACAUUGGGUCGGCCCGGGACGAGUUGUUUUUCACGAAGUGCUACCUCAACAAGCUCCUGGCGAUCACCGUCGUCAUGUGGUGUGGGUGCUCAUUGGGACACAAGUGUUCCGCUGCUCCGUGCAUUCGGUGAGGCCUGUGACGGAGACUGAGCGCUUCAUGUACGAGACUAGUGGUCAAGAGGACUUCAGCAAAUGGAAAACCCUAGCUGAUGUCCUACCUCGACGUGAAUACACCGACAUCACGGAGGAGGAGCCCAACGAGGAUGAGGUAGAAAUGCCUAAUCUGCCACCUCAGCCAGACGCCACAACUACCGUCAAUCCUUCUCGGAGAGUGACUGGCAAGGCCACGCCAAUGGAUGAGCCUUCUUCUUCGACCUCGGCACCGGCAAUGACGAGACCUUUGGAAGAUGUCAACGACUAUGACAAUGAGCCGGCAACCAAGAAGGCCAGGGGUGACGACCUGGACUGGGUUGAGCAACUCACCCUAGAGGCUGAACAGGAGGGCAAGUGCAUGGACAUUUUCGCCGCAAUGGACGAUACCGAGGAGUUUCUCAAGAUCGAGUUUGACGUUGGCGACUUGAGCAACCGACAACGGAAACACCUUGAAAGAGACCCGGUGAGUUUCAUGGUCAAGAAGAUGCGUGACAGUGAGGUCACCAUAUCGCGUCUAAAGCCGGAAGAACGACCUCUUUUUGGCCGUGCCAAAGCCAAGGAGGUGGACAGCUUCAUGCGCAAUGAGGCUGUGCGCAAAUGCCUGCAUCAGGAUGAAGUUCGGGAGGCCUACUCCUCGGGCCGCAUAGUUAAGGCCCGUUGGGUGUUGACCUGGAAGCCUGUACCCCCUGAAGACCGUGAAGCUGCUCUUCGUGAUCAACAAACCAACCCUGAAACCCUCCACACCAAGGAUGGCUCUCGCAAGGCGAAAGCUCGAAUCGUUUUGUUGGGCUUUCAGCAUCCCAGUCUUCUGGACCCCUCCUUCAAGACCUCCUCGCCGGUGCAGUCGACUCUUGGGCGAAACUUGCUUUAUGCCAUGUCUGUUCAACAUCAAUGGCCUCUGGAAGGACUUGACCUUGCAACUGCCUUCCUUCAGACUCUUCCUACCGAGGCGGAUAAGAACUUGUGGACAACUGGUGUUGAGGAACUUCGAGAUGCACUAGGUGUUGGUCAGGAAGGGAUCAUGCGGAUCCUUCGCAACAUCUACGGGAGCACGACGGCACCACGCGGCUUGUGGUUGGAUCUACAUCGCAAGCUCACCAGCUUAGGUGCUCAAGCUGUUCGUGGAGAACGAUGUCUCUGGGUGUGGCUCUCUCGAACACGGAAGGACCGUGAUCAUCCCCUUUCGAUUGGAGCCAUGGGGGGACAUGUUGAUGACUUUCAUCGAUUGGGCGAUGGAUCGUCUGAGUGGUUGGAGAUCAAGAAGAAGAUCGACAGUGUCUAUCAAUGGGGGACGGCCAAGACCGGUUCUUAUAGACAUGCCGGGACAGAUGUGACCACAUCUGUGGAUGAGCGCGGCUACCAGCAAAUCACGGUGGAUCAGAACUGCUAUGUGGAGUCGCUUCAGGACGUGCAGAUAUCCCCCGACCGGCUGUCAGUGGACCUGCCCCUCACGAAGCAGGAGAUGGAGGCAUGUCGUACUUCACUUGGAGCUCUUCAAUGGCUAGCCGUUCAGAGCCAGCCUCAGUUGUGCUCUCGAUGCAACCUGCUCCUCACCGACCUCAUCACUGAGGGAAAGACGUCCGUCGCCAAGGAGAUCCAGCAGAUGAUUGGCGAGGUGCGUGCCGAGCCCUUCGUUUUAAAGUUCACGAAGCUGGAUGGCGUUCAACACUGGACGGACCUCAUCGUGAUCUCCAUGGGAGAUCAAGCUCAUGGAAAUAGGCCUCAGGGAGGAAGCACCGGAGGCAUGGUCACGCUCCUGUCAGGACCAAGCUCUCUCAGCGGCCAGGUCUGCGUCAUGACUCUCAUAUCCUGGCGCACAUGGAAACUCAAACGUCGUGCAAUAGGGUCGAACGAUGCAGAAGUGCAAUCGAUUCUGGAAGCAGAAGAUGCGAAUUUCAGAACGCGGCUUCUGUGGUCGGAACUUCAUGGCGCUGGUGGCCUUGAGGCCGAACGUUCUCGCCGUCUUGACUUGGUUGAGGACACCGAGAAACAAGUUCUUCGUGUCCAAGGUGUUCUGUGCACGGACUCGAAGGGUGGCUUUGACGCCGUGGAGGUCAAUGAAUCUCCCCUGCUCGGCUUGAGCAACAUGAGGGCUGCUCUUCAAGCAUUCCAGUUGCGGGAGAACCUUCAACGUGCCGGGUGUCUCCUCCGAUGGCUCGCUUCUGACUACGAUCUUGCCGAUGCUCUGACCAAGAAGAAGGCUGACAGUCGUACUGGCCUUGUACAGUUUUUGAGGACCGGAUACUGGUCCAUUAAGUAUGAUCCCAGCUUCACGUCCGCCAAACGGAACAAGCAGAGAGGACAUACUGCUAUCGAUGUCAUUUCUCGUCAGCUUCAAAGCCCUCCUGAGUACGUCAAAGCUGUAGGAGACAUGCAGGCUGCCAAGCCACUGGUACCCUACGUCCGCCGACUUGUUCUCAGCAUUCGCAAUGCCUGCAAGUGCGCUGUGGUCAAGGCGGUUGGGGAGUUCCAAGAAGGGAGCGUCGUCCAAGCCCAGCUCGUGCAGACGGCCUUUGGCUCAGACGUUGCUUCUAGGCACUUUCUGGAGAAUUUGGAGGAAGCGGAUGCGCCGGGUGAAGGCCAGCUACGCGGGAUCCUGCCCUCGAAGUGCGAGCGAUGCAACAGAAAGCUGUGCCUAUGUAGUGUCUUGCCUCCGAAGCCAUUGGAUACAAUCACUCGGCUUGUGCUCUUCACCCACCCCAAGGAGAAGAGAAGAGCUUUGGGCUCAGGCCCACUGCUGCAGCUUUGCCUCAUGAACAUCAUCGAAGUUGUUUGCAAGGAGUUCCCAGAACCGCUCGAGGAUACCGCCCUGCAUGAGAAGCUGACUGAAGACAAUCGCCAGCCAUUCCUGGUCUACCCAGGGCCCACUGCAACUCAGCUUACACCUGGAGUAAGAGAUUCGCUUCCCACAUCUUUGACCUUGAUCUUCAUUGAUGCUCGCUGGGAUCAAGCGCGCAUCAUGCUGAACCGCUCAGAUUGGCUGCAAGAGCUGCCGCGAGUUAGCCUCCCCAGCUCCCUGCAAAGCCGCUACCGCUUCCGGAAGCAGCCAGAACCGGGCUGCCUCUCCACGCUGGAGGCUGCCGCCGAGGCACUUCACGUCUUAGAGCAGCAGCCCAGCCUGCGUGACAACCUGCUGGCGCCCUUCGAGGAGAUGAUCAGGCUUCAGAGCCAAUUCCUUCCAAGCAGGGAAGAUAAGAACCUCAGCCUGGGACCCCCUACGGAGGCGGCCAAGGAGAGCGCCCAUCCACGGUGGAACCGAAGGCGCAGAAGGCAGCGAAGGAGAAGGAGUUCCAGAGUUGCUGUGGAGGCUUCAGGUAGUGCUCCGCUGGAUGUGAAAAGAGUUCUGGGCAAGUUCUUCGGCCUUGCUUUAUUACUACUAUGA